AUGUCGUCACCCGAGCCAUUUUCCGAUUGGCUGAGACGGCAACAGGCGGAAAAUCCUCAUGGCGCCGUGACGGAGCAAUGGGCGACCCAGUUGCUCGCUUUGGGUGCUUCGUGGGACACGUUUCGAGAUCGGACGGCUGAUUUGGUGGUCAAUGAUCUCAUGACGGUCUGCGACAUUCCUCUGCUAGCCGCCUUGGAUAUUGUUCGAAGGGCACAAGACGAAAUUGCGCGAUCGCAGGCACCCCUGGCUGUUUUCUGGGAUCUGGAACAAGUGCCUCUGUUUGUUGGAGAGAAGGACGACAAUGGCAUCUUGUGUACGGAAACCAUUCGGGAGCUCCAAUCUUUACUGAAACCUUACGGAAGUCUCCAACGGUUUGGCUGCUAUGGAACUCUCUCCAAUCCACGGCAACAACAAUUGACACUACAAUUGUUGGGCUGUCAACAUGUCGAAACCAGUGACAACAGCAGCCAGGAAGUCACCAUUGCUGUAGACGCCAUGGAGUUUUCUCACAACCAUCCGGACGGUGCUGUAGUAUGUUUCGUCACCAGUGAGGCCGACCGAUACGCUCAUCUUUUGGCGACGCUACAACGACGACCCCACUGCCGGACCAUGACUGUCACCACGCGGGUUCCUUCCAAACAGGUGCAAGACAUGCCGAAAAAUACAUUUUGGCUGACAAAGACCACUCGUUCCAGUUCUAAUCCACUCGACACGAAAAUUCCAAUCGAAAAGGUUGUGUCCUUUGAGCAAAAUCAGCCACAACAACCACCACCACCACUAAACAGAAACUCGGAUACAUCUUCCAAAACCGCCACCAACGACAACUCACAGAGCCAGGCGCAUCAGACACAAACUGACACUCAGUUUACUCACGAGAAAUCAUCACCGCCAGACUCCAUCCCCGCUAAAAAGGAAACAUCCCAUCAAGAUGAUGAUGGCACCAACAAGCAAGUCUACACUCCUACUCCAAGUGCAUCGGCAUUUGAAUCCGUCAACCUCAAAGAAUGGUUCAAGGCUAAAAGUAAUGCUGCGAACGAUCAUAAAGACUUGUCGUCGUCGUCCUCGUCAGGAGCGGGAGACAAUCAACAGGAUGACGACUACGACGAUGACGACGACAAUGAAGCGGAUGAUCUCAUGUCCCUCUUGACACAGGAAGAAUUUGACUAUCCCUAUUAUAGUAAUAACUCACCCACCAAACAAACAAGCGCUUCCAGCAGCAACGAGGACGACAACAAUAAUUCCAUCGACAACAGCGACAACAACAACAAUCAUCAUCAUCGCCAUGACGCCGAGGACAUUGAUUAUUCGGAUCCGACCAAUCGUGAAACGUGGGAACAAGAUGUUGGAUAUCUCAAAGCAUUGAUCAAGAGGUACUCCAAAAGCCCAUCCUUUUCGGUACGAAAGGAUCAUGUCCUCAGCAUGCUGCGAUUGAGAAAUGCCGAUCGAUUCCCAAAAAAGCGAUUGAUUGCCGCACUCGGUCGAGCCAUUGAAAUGGGCAUUGUACUCGAACACUCGUCGUCGAACGAACUGGAUGAUGACAAGAAUGCCGCAGUUCCAACGCUCAGUUUGCCACCCACCAAUGGAUCUUCUUUGACCCGGCCAAAAUUACUGGAACCAGCCGACACUCUGCCGCAUGGACUGAAACUGCAGCUGGAAACCAUACCAGAACGAGUGGCCCAUGUGAGCUCCACAAUGCCCUUUGCACUCUUUGCUCACAGGAGAAACUUUCCUGCGGGGUCUAUUAUGCCAAGGGGGCCCUAUGUGGUAAAUUUGAAGAAGGAUUGGUUGAUCCUCAUGUUCAGAACUCAAAAGGAUGCGCAGAGAACCGUUGACGAAGACCUUCCAGUCGCCCUGGGCAAUAGUGCAAUCCUGGUGGACUGUCGGCGGCAUCCAGAAUUUCUACAAGGCGCUGCCAACAACAACAGCAAAAGGCGGCCAGAAGAGAAUGGCGAGGAAGAACAACGUUGUCCCACUCCCCGUUCCUCUGUCUCUAGCGUUCCUGUUGGGGGAAAGGACCAAGUCGAAGUGUUACACGGGGAUACUGAUGCAAAGAAAAAUGGAAAGGCGGUGGCGGCAAAUUGCGGCGGUGAAGAUGAGAAGAAAGAGGAUCACACCGUGGCCACAAACAGUCGCAUUGAUCGAGGGGGAAAACCGAAGAGAAACGCUGUCACCAACGACGGCAGCAAUGACAACCGCUUGUCGCAAAUCAGUCUUCAGGAAGCCAACCAGAAGCAGCCACGACGACAACGAAACCGCCGCCGCCGCCAAUCGGGCGGCAGCAACAGUAGCAGUCCAACCCAGGAGCUUUCCUCACCACAAACCACCUCUACGACAUCAUCGUCGUCGUCGGUUGAAUCCUCACCUGGUGCUGGCAUCGACAAGAAGUUAUCGAUGCUACAAACAGGCGCAAUGGACCAGCGACCAACCACUUUGAAAAUGCCGUUCUACAAAAUGGAAAAGACAAACACGUAA